CUGUUCCUUCAAGCUACUCUCUGCGCUACAGUGCUCGGCACGGCUCUGAUCCUUACUGUUCGCCUCUGCUUCACGGCACUCUCGCAGAUUACUUGCCUUCUUCUCGACUCAUCGCAGACUUACAAGGCAAUUCCCUGGCUAUACAAGUCAAGAGGAAAUGACAAGGCUGUAAUUUUAUUACAAGCCUCUACAUAUAUCCCACUGUUAAGCACAGCCCCCUCUUUUCAUCUCUUCACGUAUCUGAUAGUUCUACUGGAGUCUUAUUCGAGAAUCGGAGACCUUUUGCUGAUAAAGUGGCAUUUCUUUUUAGUUUUCAGAAUUGACAACGCAUCUACAUUUUGA